UCUCGCCUCCUGCCGCGCGCCAUCGACAAGACCCACGCCAAAGAGAAGAUGUUCGGCAACGCCGCCAAGGGCGUGGUCCUGCGCCGCCGCACGGGCGACUGGCACAUGUACGUGAUCUCCGCCUUCGCCGGCGUCGUCGGCGGCUUCUACAUAUGGCUCGAGCCGCUCCGCGAGCUCCAAAUGAACUCCCUGGCCAAGGACGCCGCGGAGGCCAAGGCCGCGAAGGAGGACAAGAAGUAACAUGCAACAACAGCUCCACCUCAUCAGCUGGAACGUCGCCGGCUGGCGGACGACGCUCGAGGAGAUGACUCGGACGACGAAGGCGAGGAAGGGCCGGAGCCCCGAGGAGGAGCACCAGGCGGCGCUGCGGAGCUGGCUCGAGCGCCUCCGCGCGGACGUCGUGUGCCUCCAGGAGGUCAAGCUCAAGCGGAGCGACGUCGAGGCGCAGGCGCGGCUCCUCGGCGCGGCCGCGGACGACGGGUCCUGGGAGACGUACUGGUGCUGCAACGACGGCAAGGCCAGGGGCCAGCGCGCGGGGCUCAACGGCGUCGCGACGCUCGUGCGCGGGGGCGCCUUCGGCGUCCUCCGCGCGGACGCGAAGCCCCUCGGGGACCCGGACUUCGACGACGAGGGCCGGUGCCUCGUCACGGAGCACGGCGGCUUCGUGCUCUUCAACGUCUACGUGCCGAACGCGGGCGGCGGCGCCCGCGUCGCCUACAAGAUGGCCUGGCUCCGGGCGCUCCGGAGCGCCAUGGACCGCGAGCGCGCCGCGACGGGCAAGCCCGCGAUUCUAGCCGGCGACCUCAACGCGAAGAUGGGCCCCAACGAUUCGCACUGGACCUUCCGGUCCGUCGACUGCGGCAGGCUCGCCGCCGCCGCGGCCGCGGCGGCCCUCGACGACGCCCAGCGGGCGAGCCUCGAGGCCGCGGCGGCGGCCUGGCCGGCCGUCCGCGCGUCGCUCCGGCGCCGCGACGUCGCCGCGGUCACGACGGAGAACCCGACGACGCGCGAGAAGCACGACCGCUUCCGCUGCCGCGCCGUGCCCGCCGGCGGCGGCGCGCCGGUCCAGCUCGCGCCCUACGAAGCGCAGCGCAGCGCGGCCUUCGCCAACUACGAGACGGAGGGGCUCGCCGUCGACGGCGACGGCGACGUCGUCGCAGGGCCCGCGCCCCCGGGCGGCUUCCCCGUGCGCCCGCCGGACGUCCUCGACGUCGACUGCGCCCUCGAGGCCCUGGAGAAGCUCGGCGGCGCGCACGUGCCCCGGGAGACGAUGAGGCGGGCCCUGGGCGCGCUCGCGCCGCCGCCGCCGGCGCCGACGGCCCCGGGCGCGCUGCCCGCGAGCUCGACGGCCUGGCUCCUCGGGCUCCGCGACGUCGACGGCAUGGUCGACUCCCUCGACGCGCUCCACCCGCAGCGCAGCGAGCGCUUCACGUGCUGGCACCAGUACCACAACAAGCGCUACGAGAACGUCGGCAGCCGCAUCGACUACGUCCUCGUCGACCGGGCCCUCUUCGAGGCGGCGGCGCCCGUCGCCGGCGCGCUCGACGCCGGCCUGCGCAGCGACGUGGAUGCGAACACCGCGCGCGCGGCGCGCGGCGCCGCGGUCCUCGACGGCCGCUGGGCGCCCGCGGGCUUCGACCAGGGCAGGACAAGGGUGCGAAAUUCCCAACUUCAAAGGCUCCUAGCUCGGCCGUUUUCCACUCGCUUCGACGGCGGCGGCCUCCGCGACGGCCGCGCGUCCGACUACCUGCACCACUCGAGCCACGCGCCCCACACGGGCAUCCGCUACACGCCGCCGACCUGGAGCGACCACGUCGCGGCGACCCUGUGCCUGGGCGCCGCGCCCGCGGACGCCGCGCCGCGCGCCGCGCGCGCGGCCGGCGACGCGCAGCCCCACGCCAAGGUGCGCACCAUCACCCAGUUCUUCUCCGCGGCCAAGCCCGGCGCCAAGCCCAGCGCCAAGCCCAAGCCGCCGCCGCCGCCCAAGCGCAAGAGCCCGCCGACGAUCCGCGACUUCUUCGCGAAGAAGCCGAAGGCGCCAGCGAUGGCACUCCAAUGCGGCUCGGGCCUCGGCGCGGCUGCGGUCCACGUGCAGCGCUGCGCGUCCUGGCCCCUCGCGGAGAUCGUCACGGCGCACCGGACGGACCUGCUCGUCACCGAGUUCGCAUCGCUGGACGAGGCCGAGGAGGCCUGGGGCAAGCUGUCCCUGUUGCACGCGUCCGUGCUCUUCGUCGGGCCAAAGGCGCUGCGCAGCUACGGGCGCACCCAUAGCAUCCGCCGCUGGAAGGAGCGCAGCGCGCGGCUCGAGGCGCGGCUCCCCGGCGAGUACGACGUCCGCGGCGCGACGAUCGCCGGCCGCGUCGUCUCGGAGAUCGCGGCGACCGACGCGCGCAUGCGCCGGCGCCUCGGCGCGGGCUUCGCCGCGCCGGCCUGGGUCGCCCACUUCCUGGCGCGGCGCGCCGCCGUGGACCCGUGCAUCGCGGCCUGCCCGGCCGUCGCGGCCGCGCGCGCGCUCGCGGCGCUGCCCCGGCCGCCCAUGCCGACGGGCGACGCCGACGCGCUGCUGCGCGCGCUCGACGCGGGCGGUGUCCCGACGCGCGAGGCCCACGUCUCGGCGACGGUCAAGGCCGCGCUGGACGCCGUCGCGGGCGCGAGCCCCGCGGGCGCGCGCGCCGUCGCCGCGUGGGUCCGCGGCCUCGCGCGCCUCGAGCCCCUGCGCCGGGGCCCCGGCCGCGCCCUCGCGCUGCCCGUCGACGCCCUCGACGCGGACCGGCUCGCCGCGGCGCUCCGCAGCGGCGCGCCGCGCGUCUCCGUCGCCGCGGCGACGGGCGCCGACGGCCGCCACCGCUACGCGCUCGCCAGGGCAGCAAAAGGGUGCGAAAUUCCCAACUUCAAAGGCUCAUAUCUCGGCCAUUUUCCACUCGCGCUCUCUCUCUUCCUCCCCGCGCUCGGCGCGUCGCUGGCGACGGCGCCGCGGCGCUUCAAGGCCUUCGCCGCCGUCGAGGAGGCGCUCCGGCGCCUGGACCCGCAGGCGAGCCUGAGAGCGCCGCCGCCCCCGGCGCGCCGGCUCUCGUCGCGCGUCCGCGGGCUCGCGGCCGCCGAAAUCGAGGAGCGCCGCGCGGACCUCGCCGCCUACGUCGAGCGCCUCCUCGACGCCUACGACGGCCUCGGCGCGCGCGCGCGCGGCGCCGUCGCGUCGUGGCUCGCGGGCCUCGCGGCGCCCGACGCGCCCGACCCGCGGCCCGGGUCCCGCGUGCUCGCGGCGCGCGCGCGCGAGCCCCCGGGCCGCGACGCGCUCCUGUCCCUCUGCGGGCCCGACGACGUCGCGCGCCCGGCGCGCCGCGCGCCGUCGGACGACGACCUCUACCGCCUCGCGUCGGAAUGCCGCGCCGUCGCGCCGCCGGCGCCGCGCGGCGCGGAGGCGCUCGCGACGCUGUCGGAGGCGACGGCGGGCACGCUGGCGGCGCUGGGCGAGCGCGUCGACGGCGCCCUCGGCACGGAGCGGCCGGGCCGCCGCGCGCCCGGGAGCCUCCGGGCGCCGGCUCCCGGCGGCGCGCUCGCGACGGCCGCGGUCGGCGGCGGCCCGGAGGCCGUGGCGCUCGGCGGCGCCCUCGAGACGACGACGGCCGCGGUCGGGGCGACGACCGAGUUCCUGGCCGACGGCCUCUUCGCGAUCGGCGACGGCCUCAUGGGCCUGGGCCUGGGCGUCCCGGCUACGGGGCGGCGGCACCGCUGCGGCUCGCUCGAGGCGCAGGUCGACGAGGCGACGCGCGCGGCCGCCCUCGCGCGCGGCCGCUGCAGCACGCUCGAAUACCACGUCGACGAGGCGCACCACAUGGCGCCCCUCGCCCGCGCGACCGCGACCAGCGCCGCCGCCGAGGCCGCGCUCGCGGAGGCGACCGCGGCGAAGGAGACGUGCGAAGCACUCCUGUGCGACGGUCUCUUCGUCGACGCGUGCGCCGCCGAGAAGUACCUGGAAGGCAGAGAGUGCACGGACUGCCCCGCGGGCCACACGUGCGACGGCACCACCGCGACCAAGUGCGCCGCGGACAAGUACGUCGACGCGAACGCGUGCCUCGCGUGCCCCGCCGGCCUGGCGUGCGACGGUACCGAUGCGAUGUACUUUGUCGCGGACAAGAUCGAGCUCGAGACCAUGCUCGUCGCCUGGAAGGAGAACGCGACGAGCGCCAAGGUCAACUCGGCGGCCGACAACUGCGUGUGCUACGAGGGCGAGGCGGCUGACCGUAUCAGGCUGUCCGACUACGACGACUGCCUGCACAUCACGGGCGACGGCAUCCUGGAUCUUGACUACACGCAAAUCGUCGGCGGCGACGGCAACGACGUGAUCGUGAUCACGGGAGGCGAUAUCGAUUACAUCUACGGCGGCGACGGCGACGACGUGUUGACGCUCACGGGAGAUGGUUUCGAAGAAGUAAAUGGCGGCGACGGUGACGACACCAUCACGAUCUUCGGGGACGAUGCGCGGUGGAUCGACGGAGGCUCCGGCGACGACGCCAUCAUCAUCUACGGAAACAAUCCGAGUGUUGUUGAGGGCGGUUCUGGUGACGACUCGUGCUCGAUUAUCGGGGAGUUCGAAGAAGAUUACGUCAACUCGUGCGAGCGCGAGGCGGACGUGCCCCUUGUGUCCACCAUGAAAGUUCUCUACGACAUCAAGGUCGAGGACGUCGACGAAGCGAACGAGAUCUCCGGCAGGAUCACCUCGGCCGAUCCCGCGGCCGUCUCCGUCGAAGGCCUCGAGGACGUCACUUGCCUGAGCAUCGCCGCGCCCGCGAACUACACCACUUUCGCCUAACCGGCGACUUCGAUUCAUCCGCGGCCUGGCCGCACGGUGCCGCCGCGGGCCCAUGCCCCGCGGCGCGCCGACGGAGGCGCCUUCUGCCGCGGGCCCAUGCCCCGCGGCAGACGGCGCCGCGGGCCGCGGACCGGAGGGGGCGCGUCGGACGGCGCCGCGGGCCCAUGCCCCGCGGCGAG